AAACACCCCCUAGCCCACCGAUCCCUUCCCCUUUCUCCCCCCCCCCCUCUCUCUCCAGAUCUUUCCUUUCUCUCUCAAUUUUUUUAGCCGACUUUUCUUCAAAUCUUAAAUAAUCCUCAGUUUUUUAUCAACUUCAAAUUAGGGUUUUUUAAUAAAAAAUAAAAAAAAUUCUUAUUGACUUGUUAAUCUUCUCCUUAUUUCAAUCUUGUUAUUUUAUUUUAUUUUUUCUGGAGAAAAUCGGAAUGGUGGGUUCUCAGAGUUCAAACGGUACGGCGGCGAAGAGGUACGGAAUCACGAAACCCAUAUCCGUCGCGGGUCCCACUGAACCUGAUCUCCAUCGAAAUGCCGAAUUAGAGAAGUUUUUGGUUGACUCGGGCUUAAACGAGAGCAAAGAUGAAACUAUUAAGAGAGAAGAGGUUCUAGGCGGUAUCGAUCAGAUUGUGAAAGAUUGGGUUAAGCAAUUGACGCGUCAAAGGGGAUAUACUGAUCAGAUGGUAGAGGAAGCCAAUGCUGUUAUUUUUACUUUUGGGUCUUAUCGUCUUGGGGUGCAUGGUCCCGGGGCUGACAUAGAUACCCUGUGCGUUGGGCCUUCUUACGUGAAUCGAGAGGAAGAUUUCUUUAUUACCUUGCAUGAUAAACUGGCUGAAAUGGAAGAAGUUACUGAACUUCAGCCAGUUCCAGAUGCUCAUGUCCCGGUUAUGAAGUUUAAAUUCCAGGGAAUAUCAAUUGAUCUUCUUUAUGCGAGUAUAUCCCUUUUGGUUGUUCCAGAAGACCUGGACAUCUCCAAUGGGUCUGUGCUCUAUGAAGUUGAUGAGCAAACUGUUCGAAGUCUAAAUGGGUGCAGGGUUGCCGAUCAAAUUCUUAAACUUGUUCCAAAUGUUGAGCACUUUCGGACAACACUCAGAUGUCUGAAGUUCUGGGCUAAAAGGCGCGGCGUUUAUUCAAAUGUCACUGGUUUCCUUGGUGGAGUAAACUGGGCUCUUCUAGUUGCUCGAGUGUGCCAGCUUUAUCCUAAUGCAAUUCCUAGUAUGCUAGUCUCUCGGUUCUUCAGAGUCUAUACACAAUGGCGUUGGCCGAAUCCUGUGAUGCUAUGCUCAAUAGAAGAAGAUGAUCUUGGGUUUCCUGUAUGGGAUCCUCGCAAAAACCCUCGGGACCGGUUUCAUCAUAUGCCAAUAAUAACUCCUGCAUAUCCUUGCAUGAAUUCUAGCUAUAAUGUGUCUACAAGUACUCUUCGUGUUAUGACAGAGCAAUUCCAAAGUGGUAACAGGAUAUGCGAGGAGAUUGAACUGAACAAGGCACAGUGGAGUGCUCUUUUUGAGCCUUAUCUUUUCUUUGAGGCAUACAAAAAUUACCUACAAGUUGACAUAGUUGCAGCUGUUGCUGCUGAUUUGCUAGCGUGGAAAGGCUGGGUAGAGUCUCGGCUUAGACAACUUACCUUGAAGAUAGAGCGGGACACCAAUGGGAUGCUGCAGUGCCAUCCUUAUCCAAAUGAGUAUAUAGAUGCAUCCAAGCAAUGCCCACAUUGUGCUUUCUUCAUGGGCUUGCAGAGGAAAGAGGGAGUGACUGGUCAGGAGGGCCAGCAAUUUGAUAUCCGGGGAACUGUUGAUGAGUUUAGGCAAGAGAUAAACAUGUACAUGUUUUGGAAACCAGGGAUGGAAAUAUACGUCUCUCAUGUUCGUAGAAGGCAGCUUCCAGGCUUUGUUUUCCCUGAUGGGUACAAGCGAUCUCGAUCAUCACGGCAUAUUAACCAGCACACUAGCAAAACUGGUGAAGAUGUUGCAAGAUCUCAGUCUGGGUCUGCUGAGAGACCUGUUAAGCGGAAAAAUGAUUGUGAAAUGGAGGAUUUGAAGCCAGAGAAACAGGCUUGUUAUAGCCCAGUAAGACCUCAGUCUGUUUCUCCUUCCAGUAGUGUUAGUAGGUCUGGUGUGGCACCUGUUAAGCGGAAAAAUGAUUGUGAAAUGGAGGAUUUGAAGCCAGAGAAACAGGCUUGUUCUAGCCCACUAAGACCUCAGUCUGUUUCUCCUUCCAGUAGUGUUAGCAGGUGUGGUGUGACAUCUCUGGCUAAUUCCUGUGAAGGUGUUAAAUUAGGGUGUUCAACAAUUAGGGACAUUGGUAGCAACUGCAAGGAUGUUGCUAGCAACUCUGAGGUUAGGUCAUCUAGUGGGCAAUUGGAGAGGGAAAAAGAUGGUUUGGGCGAUGCCAUGCAGCUUGGUGAAACUGUCUAUCAGGAUUCGCCAUUAAAUAGACAGAUCUCUAUGGAUGUACAUGAUUCACCAAUAGUUAGGAAUGAGCUAGAACCAGCUAAUCAUAUGAAUGGAAUGGAGCCAAUGGAAUCGAUGGUUAAUACAAUUACAAAACAGGAGAUGCUCAGUCCACAGGAAAUACCAAAUUUUGAAACUGGGGAAAAACAUGAGACUGGUGUAAAUGACAAAAUUGCAGGUUUGGGGUCAAACUUAAUGGAGAAUGGAUCUUCCAGAAAACUGUUAAAUUGGGUAACGGGCACUAGUCAAGCCAUGGAGGUUGACCAAGAGCUUGUCAAACCAUUUUGUCAGACAGCGGUUGUAGAAUAUGCUGACAGCGUUAUAAGGUCACAUUCUGGCACUCAGAACCUCAACUGCGAGGGUAAUGUAAGUGCUGUGGAUGCGGAUGUGGUUCUGGAAAGUGGAUGUUUAAACAUGAGCCGAGUGUUGCAAAAAGGCUUGCCAGAGGAAUUAGAGCCGAAGACUGCAAUUGGGAAAGUUGUAAAUUCUCAAGACGGUGCUAGGUCAGAAUCCUUGCAGAAGCCAAUGAUAAGGUUGAGUUUGAAGUCAACUGCAUAAAAAUUAGGAAGGUGGAACAAUUAAAUGAGAUUACUGUUCAGAAAGGAGAGGACCAGCGAUUUGGUAAGUGAAACAUUAAUUGCUACCAUUCGUCACGGGUUCUUGGUUUGUGUUUGGCACUAUCAUGUGGACUGGGACAGGUCAGCCAUGAAUUAAAUUGUGAAUAUCUCAGUGGUUUGACCAAGUCUUGGGUGUGUUAUAUUGCUGUGGUUGGAAGAAGCAGUGAACUUGCUGGAGCAAGAAGCUGUUGAGCAUUCCGGUGCUUUGAAGACUUUUUAAGCUGUUAUAGAGUUGUAUUUGUUGUUUCCUUGUGGGCGUGGGAAGGCCAGUUUCUUGUUUUUCAUGUUUAUUUGGAAUCAAUUAUACUGCAAACAGGAUCAACUGUGUGAUUUGUAAAGGGUUUUGUCUCUGUAUACUUGAAUUGUUGAGAUGCAAGUUCUCUCUCUUCAACCUUUGGAAGUGGACAAAAUUUUGGCA